AUGGAUCCCUUCUCCGGCGAAGGCGAACUCCUAAACAUAUCCACUGCGUUCUAUACCCAUGCCUACCAGACAGUCCUCGACUUCGACACCUCCUCCCUAUCCACAGAAAACAAGAAGACCGCUCAGCUUCUGAAGUACCGCGCUCAAAUAGCACUAGGCCAAUCCUCCUCCGUCGUCUCCUCUCUCAAAUCCUCCAAAGAUCCCGCCUCACGCUCGAUAGUUGCCUUAGCACAGCAAUCUACUGGAGACGCCUCUGCUGUCGACACCGCCUCGUCGCUAGCAGAAUCAGACCCCGAAGAUGCCGUCGUUCAAGUCGUGGCCGGCACCAUCCUGGCCGCUGCGGGCGAGUACACCAAGGCCAUCGAGCUGCUGAACAAGCAUCAGGGCAACCUGGAAGCCGUUGCCUUACUCACACAGAUACACCUCGUGCAAAACCGCACCGAUCGAGCGGUGAAGGAAGUCCAAGCCGCCAAACGUUGGGCCCAGGACUCUCUUCUCAUCAAUCUGGCCGAGGCCUGGUCCAAUCUGCGUGAGGGAGGCUCCGACAAAUACCAGUCUGCCUUUUAUGUCUAUGAAGAACUGGCCACCACCCCUGGAAAUACUUCUCCAAGCGCAAUUGUCGGCCAAGCCGUGGCUGAAAUACACUUGGGAAGGUACGAAGAGGCCGAAGCGGCACUGCAGCAAGCGUUGGCCGCGGACAAUGUUGACGUCCAAGCGCUUGCCAACAGCGUGGUAUUGGCCAGUCUGAUGGGGAAGAAGUCAGAUGUGGUUCAGGACCUUCUGAAGCAAUUGGCUGAGAAGGACAGAAAACACGCUCUGUUGAAGGAUCUGGAAGAGAAGAGUGAGGCUUUCGACACCGCCGCGGCCAAGUAUAGUGCAAAGGCUGUGGCGUGA